UUUACGUUUGCGCUCCCCCCUGUUAAAAUCAGAGUUUCUUAGCACCGUCCACUGCAGUCUGCUUCGCCACUCCGCAUUUUUAUCUCUCCGUUCUCGCGCUAAAAUCAUUUGUCUAUACGGUUGGUUCCAAACGCCGAUGGGCUCAGCAAUUACACCAUCUCUCUGCUCUAACUCGAAGAUUUACUAUAGAAUCAGUUCGUGGAAUGAGGGGUUACAGAGAGCAGGGUUGAUCAGGUCAGUUCGCUAUUGUGCGCUGGGUGCGGUAGCAGUGUUCCCCCCACUGUGCAUUAGUGUUGGUGGUAGUAGAAAAUGGCUGAGAGCGAGGAGACUAGUGGUGAGAGCGUAUUCUUCUACUGGCGGUCCUGCUCGCUCGUCAGGUUCCAGGAGAGUUUAUCGGGAAUCCCAAGCCCAAGCUCCUGCGGUGAAUGAAAUUGCAUCUUUUGUUCUUCCUGCGGGGGUCUUCGUCUUGGUUUCUUUAGUUUUGUGGAAAUUAGUGGAGAAAUUCAUUAUGCCAAAACAAGUUAGCCCAUCAUCAGAGGAAAAUAAAGCUACUAAAGGUGUGAAGUGGUCGUUUGCCCCUGGUACGAACUUAGUAUCCGGUUUUGGUCAAAAGCUGGAUAGGGAAUCCAAGCAGAAGCUCAAUGAGUUUGCAAAGGAGCUUAGAUUGUACAACUAUGUUGACUUGUCAGGACUCAACUUCGGAGACGAAGGGUUAUUUUUCUUGGCUGAAAGUUUAGCAUACAAUCAGGCUGCUGAGGAAGUGAGUUUUGCUGCUAAUGGAGUAACUGCAGCUGGACUGAAAGCUUUUGAUGGUAUCCUGCAGUCAAAUAUUGCCUUAAAAACUCUUGACUUGUCAGGAAAUGUUUUUGGGGAUGAAGGUGCUAAGUGUCUUUCUGAAAUUCUGGUGGAAAAUGUUGGUAUUCAAAAGCUCCAACUGAACAGUACUGGCAUCGGGGACGAGGGAGCCAAGGCAAUUGCUGAGAUGCUUAAGAAAAAUUCAAACUUGCGCGUCCUUGAGCUUAACAAUAAUUUAAUUGAUUAUUCCGGAUUUGCAGGUCUUGCUGGAGCAUUACUGCAGAAUAAAAGUUUACAAUCGCUAUAUCUCAGUGGCAAUUAUGGAGGCAUCUUAGGGGCUGCUGCCCUUGCCCAAGGCCUGGAAGGGAACAAAUCUAUACUGGAAAUUUAUUUGCAUGGGAACUCGAUAGGUGAUGAAGGGGUGUCUGCCCUAAUGUCUGGCCUGUCUUCACGUAGAGGGAGACUUGUUAGGCUGGACAUUGGUAACAAUUCCAUUAGUGCUAAGGGUGCCUUUCAUGUUGCUGAACAUAUCAAGAGGAGUAAAAGUUUGCAGUGGUUGAACCUUUAUAUGAACGAUAUCAAGGAUGAGGGAGUUGAAAGAAUAGCAGAAGCUUUGAAGGAAAAUCGUUCAAUAGUAAACUUGGAUCUUGGGGGCAAUGAUAUACAUGCACAUGGUAUUAGUGUCUUUGCACGAGUUUUGAAGGACAAUUCUUCCAUCUCAGUUUUGGAGCUUGGGUAUAAUCCUAUUGGACCUGAUGGUGCAAAGACAUUAGCUGAAACUCUUAAGUUUCAUGGGAAUGUGAAAGAUCUCAUGCUCGGUUGGUGUCAGAUAGGGGCCAAGGGUACAGAGUACAUUGCAGAUAUGUUGAAAUACAAUGGUACCAUAUCAAGUCUUGACCUGCGGGCGAAUGGACUGAGAGAUGAGGGUGCUGUAUGCCUGGCUAGAAGUUUAAAGGUGGUGAAUGAAGCGUUGACGUCGCUAAAUUUAGGGUUCAAUGAAAUUAGAGAUGGAGGAGCUUUUGCGAUUGCUCAAGCACUCAAAGCGAACGAAGAUGUCAGGUUGACAUCCAUUAAUCUUUCCAACAACUUCUUUACCAAAUUGGGACAGACUGCCCUAUCAGAUGCAAAAGACCAUGUUUAUGAGAUGAAUGAAAAAGAGCUCACCAUUGUUUUCUAGGCAAAUUCAUUUCAGAAGAAGCUUGUGCAGUUCAACCGGGUGCAGGCUGGUGGGAGCACAUAGAUUUUUGAAGAUCUGUCAAAUUUUGUUGUCAUGUUUUAUUGAUCAGAAAUAUGUAAAUUAAUUUGUUCUAGCUCAUUAUUAUGUUUUAUACGGAGUAGGAAAUAUCUUCGAGAUGGCCGAAAAAGAAGAUAAGCAUUUAGCAAUACCCAGGCACCCAGCUUUAUUAGAAGCGCCAAAUUAAGUUAAAGGGACUUUUAAAACGACUAGAAGAAUAAAUAAAAAGUCAAUGGCACCUUUCUGACUUUUGAGUUUUUAAUGAGAAUUCAAA